AUGCCAAAGAGAAAGAACACAGAAGAUGCAACAGACGAUGAAGAGCUUGAGGAAGAGAAUACAAGUGAGGAGGAAGACGACACAGAUGACAACAACAUCAAUAGUGAAGAUGCCAUCGAUGACAUGGAGGACAUUGACAAUGGAGAUGUCGAUCCUAUGCUGGAAGCUGAUGCUGCAAUUCCAAGGAAGGCUAUGGAUCACUUCCAGUUCCGACGCAAGGAAACACACAGUUCACUGAAGUGGGAAUACAUCGCGAGAUGGGACGACGAGAACCCGUUCACCCGUCGAGAGAUGGCAGGGGGAACUACUCGGAGUGAUUGA